AUGGUACAGGCCCCUGAACUUGCACCACAACCCGUAGCGGAAGCUGCCCCUCAGUUGGAACCCAUCACGAUGAAGUCGUUGCUGGAAGCCGGCGUCCACUUCGGUCAUCAGACCCGACGCUGGAAUCCCCGGAUGCGCCGCUACAUAUUUACCCAGCGCAAUGGCAUCCACAUCAUCGACCUCCAGCAAACGAUGGGGUUGAUCACCGACGCCUACCGGGCCAUGGUCGACAUCGGCGCUUCCGGGGGCAAGGUGCUGUUCGUGGGCACCAAGAAGCAGGCCCAGGAUGUCAUCGCAUCUGAAGCCGACCGUGUCGGACACUGGUACGUAAACCAGCGCUGGCUGGGUGGCACGCUCACCAACUUCCAGACCAUCAAGGCCCGCAUCGACUACAUGAAGAACCUUCAGGAGCAGCGCGACACCGGCUACCUGGCCCGUCUGCCCAAGAAGGAAACCGUCCGCCUGAAUCACACGCUGGAAAAGCUGGAGAAAUACUUCACCGGCCUGCGUGAAAUGGACCGUCUGCCCGCCGCCCUGUUCGUUAUUGACAUCGGCAAGGAAGACAUCUGCAUCGCCGAAGCCCGCCGCCUCAACAUCCCCAUCUUCGCCAUCGUCGACACCGACUGCGAUCCCGGACAGUGA